AUGGAGAGUCUCGACCUCGAGCCAGCAGCGUCCGUGGUUGCUUACCCAGAGCGCGGUCUCAAAGCCUACAGCGUCGUCUUGGGCGCAUGGCUCAUCCUCUUCCCAGCCUCAGGGCUGCUGAACUCGACGGGAAUUUUUCAAGCUUGGUUACUGGAGAAUCAUCUACAGGCUUAUUCUGAGAGCGAGGUCGCCUGGAUCUUCAGUACAUUCGCUUUCCUUUUCUUCUUUGGUGGAUUUCUGGUCGGCCCAUCCUUCGAUAGAUAUGGGUCCAAAGUAUUGCUGCCUGCUGGCUGCAUUGGCUUAACUCUUGCCCUUUUAUGCACCAGUCUUUGUACAGACUAUUAUCAACAUUUACUUGCAUUUGGCUGCCUCGGAGGCAGUGCUUGCUCGAUCCUGUGGACAUCGAGCAUCGCUAUCCUUGGACACUGGUUCCAGCGAAACCGGGCUCUCGCAACGGGGUUGGCGACAACGGCGGGCGGAUGUGGCGGUGUUGUUUACCCACUCAUCUUCACCAGGUUGGUUCGAUCGGUUGGAUAUUCCUGGACUAUGCGGAUCUUCGCCUUGAUGAGCGCAUGCUCUUUUUUUCUUGGUCUACUCCUAACAAAGACACGACUCCCUCGCAACAAGCAGGCCACGCUGUUGCUGAAUUGGCAAGGCUUCAAAGACACGCGGUUCCUGCUGACCAUGGCUGCGAUAUUCAUCCUCGACUGGGCCGUUCUGGUGCCGCCGGCUUACAUUACAACAUAUGCUCUAGCUGCACGUCAACAAGCACUUUCCAAGCACAUUCUUGCCGUCCUCAACGCGGCUUCGAUCUUUGGACGAUGCCUGCCCGGCCCAGUUGCCGACCGCAUCGGUCGCUUCAAUGUCAUGAUACUUUGUUCGACGGUUUGCACGUUCUCCAUACUAGGCAUAUGGCUGAAUAGUGGAUCUCAGUGGUCUGGUCUCGUGGCUUUUGCCGUGACCUACGGCUUUUUCAGUGGCUCGGCGUACAGUUUGACUCCUGUUUGCGUCGCUCAACUUUGCAAAACCGAGGAAUACGCCAGCCGGUACGGAACAGCAUACGGAGUCGUCAGCAUCGCCACCUUGGCUGGGGUGCCCCUUUCGGGGCUGAUAUUAGACACAGCGGACGGCACGAACUACUCUGGUUUGAUUUGCUUCUGUGGCGCCGCCUACGCAGUAUCUACCACACUAUUCAUAGCAGCUCGCGGUAUAAGUAGCGGUUGGAAGCUGCCGAUAAAGUUUUGA